GUUAAAUCCGGAACAAGGAAAAAACUCAGAUCUUUUAAAUGUGAAAUAUGGUCAAAUUGUGAUGUCCUUGCUGAUCCCAGUGGCACUACUGUGAAUUCCAGACAGAAGCCUCGAGUAGAACGGCACUCAGGAAGUGAAAUUAGUGAUGACCUUCAUCCACUACCCCUUCCAGCACAGGGAGGUAAUGAAGAAGAGUUGUGCCUAGAUCAUGAUGUUGUGGAAGUUAAAUGUGAACAAGUCAUAGAAGAUAAUUCUCAGACAGAGUUCCUAAGGAGUCAGCUUGCUGAUUGCCAGGAAAAGCUUAAUAAGCUAGAUUGGAUGGAAAAUAAACUACAUGUUUUAGAAGAGAAACUGAAAGGAAAGGUGAUCAUAGAUGAGAAGGACUGGAAUAACCUGUUGAGUCGAGUUUUGCUUCUUGAAACAGAACUCUUGUUGCAAUCCAAAAAGCGAGACUUAAUUGCUGAGUUCAGUAUAAGUCAAGAAGGCAUAUCUAGUGUGAUUCCAAUUUCUCCUGAUGCAGAGAGGAAAGAGAAGAUGCCAGAGUGUCUUCAUCAGCCGUCUGGAUACAGUUCACCGUUAUCCACAGACCCAUCUCCCAAAGCCACGACCAUUAAUCUUCAUGGUCUGACAGACAUUUCAAAGGAGACAACAAGACAAAGAAUGGAAAGGAUAAGUAAAAUAAUUGAAGAAACCUCAGAAUUGUUGAAAAUCUCAAACAGUGCCUCUGAGAAGACCUGGUCUCUGUAG